AUGGAGUUCCCUGGCCUGGGAGCCCUGGGGACCUCAGAGUCCCUGCCCCAGUUUGUGGAUCCUGCCCUAGUGUCUUCAGCACCAGAGGCUGGGGUCUUCUUUCCUUCUGGACCUGAAGGUUUGGAUGUAGCCGCCUCCUCCACGGGCACCGCCUCUGCUGCAGCAGCUGCACUGGCCUACUACAGGGAUGCUGAAGCCUACAGGCAUUCCCCAGUCUUUCAGGUGUAUCCAUUGCUCAACUGUAUGGAGGGGAUUCCAGGAGCUUCACCAUACGCUGGCUGGGCCUAUGGCAAGACGGGGCUCUACCCUGCCUCAACUGUGUGUCCUAGCCGCGAGAGCUCCCCUCCCCAAGUCCCUGAUGAUCCUGAUGGGAAAGGCAGCACCAGCUUCCUAGAGACCUUAAAGACGGAGCGGCUGAGUCCAGACCUCUUGACCUUGGGGCCUGCAUUGCCUUCAUCCCUCUCGGUCCCUAGUGGUGCCUAUGGGGGCCCCGAUUUUUCCAAUACAUUUUUCUCCCCCACUGGGAGCCCCCUCACUCCAGGGACCUAUUCCUCCCCCAAGCUUCGUGGAACUCUGCCCCUUCCACCCUGUGAGGCCAGGGAGUGUGUGAACUGUGGAGCAACAGCCACUCCAUUGUGGCGGAGGGACAGGACGGGCCACUAUCUAUGCAAUGCCUGUGGCCUCUACCACAAGAUGAAUGGGCAGAACAGGCCCCUCAUCCGGCCCAAGAAGCGUCUGAUUGUCAGCAAACGGGCAGGCACCCAGUGCACCAACUGCCAGACAACAACUACAACACUGUGGCGGAGAAAUGCCAGUGGGGAUCCUGUGUGCAACGCGUGUGGCCUCUACUACAAGCUACAUCAGGUGAACCGGCCAUUGACCAUGAGGAAGGAUGGUAUUCAGACUCGAAAUCGCAAGGCAUCUGGAAAAGGGAAAAAGAAAAGAGGAUCGGGUCUGGGAGGCACAGGAGCAGUUGAAGGACCAGCUGGUGGUUUCAUGGUGGUGGCUGGGGGCAGUGGUAGUGGGAAUUGUGGGGAGGUGGCCUCAGGCUUGACUUUGGGCCCACCUGGUACUGCCCAUCUUUACCAAGGUCUGGGCCCCGUGGUGCUGUCAGGGCCUGUUAGCCACCUUAUGCCUUUUCCAGGACCCUUGCUGGGCUCACCCACAGGGUCUUUCCCUGCGGGUCCCAUGCCCCCCACGACCACUGCCACUGUGGUGGCUCCACUGAGCUCAUGA